ACGCUAAACUGCAGCCGGGCGCAGAAGCACGCAGAAUGACCCCUGAUGAGCGAACGGAGCUCAGGAACACCGUCUCCUCUAUCCUGGGCGCCUGGUUGGAUCAGUACUCGGAGGACUUCUGGAAGCCUCCGGACUACAGCUGCCUGAGACGCCUGAUCCACUACCUGCAGCUCAGCUUCCCCGGGUCGGAUCUGGAGCGCCGGGCCUGCAACCUGCUGAGCCAGUUCCACCGCAGACUCCAGCAGGAAUCAGACCGGGACGUGCUGGAUCAGGGCUGCUGUGCGUUCACUCUGCUGCAGGAGAACGGAUUCAAUGAGGAUCGACACGAUUUCCUGAGCUUUGACCCCACUGUGGUGGCAGAGCAGUUCACACUGAUGGACGCAGUGUUCAAGCGUGUGGUGCCGUAUCACUGUCUGGGAAGCAUCUGGUCUCAGAGAGAUAAGAAAGGGAAGGAACAUCUGGCGCCGACCAUCAGAGCCACGGUCAGCCAGUUCAACCGCGUCACCAACUGCGUCAUUUCCACCUGCCUCAGUGACCGGACGCUCAAGCCCAGCCAGAGAGCCCGGAUCCUGGAGCACUGGAUCCAAGUAGCCAGAGAGUGUCGGAUCUUGAAGAACUUCUCGUCCCUGCGUGCGAUUCUGUCGGCGCUGCAGUGUAACCCGGUUCACCGGCUCAAGAAAACAUGGGACGAAGUGUCACGAGAAAACUUUCGCAUCUUCCAGGAGCUGUCAGAGAUAUUCUCUGAUGAGAACAACCACUCGCUGAGCCGAGAACUGCUGAUAAAGGAGGGAACGUCCAAAUUUGCCACUUUGGAGAUCAACCCUAAGCGAGCGCAGAAACGACAGCAGCCGCAGAGAGAUCUGACUGUGAUGCAGGGGACGAUUCCUUACCUGGGAACUUUCCUGACGGAUCUGGUCAUGAUGGACACGGCCAUGAAAGACUAUCUGGACGGAGGCCUGAUCAACUUCGAGAAGAGAAGGAAGGAGUUUGAGGUCAUCGCUCAGAUUAAGUUGUUACAGCUGGCGUGUAACAAUUAUAAUUUCCGGCGUGUGGCGGGGUUCGGUGCGUGGCUCUCCGGCGUGGAGAAGCUCUCGGAGGCCGAGAGCUACAGUCAGUCGUGUGAGAUCGAGCCGCUCUCUGAAUCGGCCUCCAACACACUGAGAGCCAAGAAGAGCUCAGGAAUCAUGAAGAGAUGGAGCGAUCGGCAGCCCGUGGGUUCGGGGGAAGCCGGAUGCAGCGGUUCUGGAAGCUCUCACUCAAAGUCUUUCGAUCAGCUGCGUUACCCGCCGGGUUUGAGUGGCUCGGCAGGCGACGGCGGCGACUCUCUCAGCGUGACGUCCGCGGGGUCCAGCAGCUCUGACGUGGAGGAGGUCAACAUCAGCUUCAUCUCUGAUUCACCGGACGCUCUGGAGAGGAAGACCUCCACGCCCUUCGUAAAACAUUCCAAUUCUACCUUAGGGAAGUGCGGCCCUACGGCAGACCUGAUACCCACGUUCUGGGAGUCCACGUCUCUGUCGUCUCUGGACGCGUCGGGUCUCGGCUCAGGUUCUGGCUCCAGCAGUGCCUCCUCGUCUUCGGUGUCGUCCACACCGGUCACAGCGUCCCGCUCACACAAGCGCUCCGUCUCCGGCGUGUCCAGCUACUCGUCUCUCUCUCUGCCGCUUUACAACCAGCAGGUGGACGACUGCUGCAUCAUCAGAGUCAGCCUGGACGUGGACAACGGAAACAUGUACAAGAGCAUACUGGUCACCAGUCAGGAUAAGACUCCCGCAGUCGUGAGGAAAGCCAUGAUCAAACACAACCUGGACCGCGAGCGAGCCGAGGAUUAUGAACUGGUUCAGAAAAUCAGUGAGGAAAAGGAGCUGAAGAUUCCCGACAACGCCAAUGUUUUUUACGCCAUGAACUCCACGGCCAACUAUGACUUUGUCUUGAAGAAGAGAGGUUUCCCGAGAGCAGGCCGCACCAAACACGUGGCCAGCUCCACGCUGCCCCGAAUGAAGCAGAAAGGUCUGAAGAUCGCCAAGGGACUCUUCUGAACCCCAAACUCUUGUUGUGUCAGUACAGCAGCAGCUGGAUGGCCAAACUCUCUCCCUGAGAGGCGAUCUGUAAGUUUACAGUCAUCCCCGAAUCUCCGAGACCCGCUUCGUCUGUGGUGUCACUAGCGCUGCUUCUGAUGUCAGCUGAAGGUCCUCUUUCACAUGAUGGUGUGGUCAUCUGGCUGAUCACGUGACCGGAAGAGACUGCACACGUUCAUCAGAAUGUCACACCCAUCAGUGUUUUUCCUCUUUACUACCGCGGUGGUGCUCAGGCCGAUGAAACUUCUCUCUCUUCUUCUGUUUCAUGCUUUCAUUUCUCACACAUUCAGAGAUGCUGAGUGACUCUGUCAUUGGCUUUGUUGAUAAAAGUAAGAUGAAAGCGAAUUCAUUUUAUUGCCACUACACAUGAUCAUUCUGGAGGAGGGGGUGUUCACGUGUAAAUCUGAGCAGUGGAUAUGGAACAA